AUGAAUCCGUAUCAGAGUAAAGGAAAGUAUUGUGGAAAGAUCAAGCGCAAAUGUAAAUGCAAUCUAUCAGCUACAAAGGUCACUGUGAAGAAAGAAGUUGUGGUCAAAGAAGAAUACACGGAUGGCAUCGAAUUGAUUCAUUAUCCAUUACCAGCAUCGCCAAUUGGAGCAAAAGUCGCAAUAAAAUCACAGAGCGAAAAUGACAGCGAAAUGGAGCCUGUGAAGAAGGAAAUCAAAUGCGAAGACGAAUGCUUGACGAAGAAAUGCGAAAAAGAGGAAGACGGAUUCUCGAAAGCCGAAGCAAAUAAAGAUGAAUCGUUUGGUGGAAAUGCAAGCGGACCAAGCCCAAAGUUGAACAGCAAGGGAGCAAAUCGGAAACGAAAGAGUGAUAGAAAGGAGAACAAAGCCACAAAAAAAGAUCGCAAAGGGAAAGUAUCGAAGAAACCAGUGGCAAAUGAACGGAAGAAACACAAGUGUCAUUUGUGUGAUUAUGCUUCAUCGCGCAAACCAAACGUAACAAUUUACAUUAGAACCGACACUGGCGAGAAGCCCUUUGAAUGUGAAAUAUGUGCCAAGAAUUUUACAACCAAGGGCAAUUUGAUUAGACACAAGAAAAUCCAUAUCACUGAAUUCCCAUUCAGUUGCUCGAAGUGUGGCUGUAGAUUUACAGAAGAAACUGAAAAGAUCAACCAUGAAAACGCCUGCAAAGUUCAUCAGUAA